AUGUCCUCUCACAAGACUUUCAGAAUCAAGCGAUUCCUGGCCAAGAAACAAAAGCAGAAUCGUCCCAUUCUCCAGUGGAUUCAGAUGAAAACUGGUAAUAAAAUCAGAUACAACUCCAAAAGGAGGCACUGGAGAAGAACCAAGCUGGGUCUAUGAGGAAGCAUCGCACAUCAUGAAAUAGCAAACAUAAUCGGCACACAUACUUAAGCUGCAUG